AUGCAUCGCUCAACAUACUCCUCAUCGAAGCUGGUGUUGAUGCCACUGGCGAUCCUCGCACCACGGCUCCCAUGGGUUGCUUCGCGCUCUCUCACUCCGAACUUGACUGGGCCUAUCAAACUGAUCCCUCAGUCACAUACCAAGAACCGUGCUCACUACAACGCUGCCGGCAAGACCCUCGGAGGAGGUAGCACCCUGAACUACGGCGCCUGGACUCGCGGUGAUGCUAGUGAUUAUGACGAAUGGGCUAACGUUGUGAAAGACCCUCGCUGGAGCUACAAAGGCUUGCUUCCUUAUUUCAAGAAGUCAGAGCAUCACUUUGAUGCCAACUCAGAUCCGCAACAGCAUGGCUUCGAAGGGCCUAUACAUUACGUCUCGGUAUCCGGCAGCGAUCCAGAGCGACAGUACCUUCUCCGUAAGCCAGUACAUGCUGCAUGGACGGAGUUGGGAGUAAAGCAUAACCCUGACGCCAACAGCGGCCGCUUGGCCGGUAUCUCAGAAAUCGAAGAAAGUUGGCGCAGUGGGCUUCGGCAGCCGUCUCAUCAGGCGUACGGGCUCAAAGGGGUGCAGGUCCUCACAGAUACAAUGGUCCAUCGCGUUCUAUUUUCCACCAAUAGCGAAGGCAAGCACGUAAUAUCGGGAGUUGAGCUUGCGGAUGGUAGUCGGAUAUCUGCACGCAAGGAAGUCAUUCUAUCGGCUGGUGCACACCGAACACCACAGCUGCUAAUGCUAUCCGGCAUUGGGCCCGCAGACGAGCUGUUGAAACACAACAUUCCUCUCCUGACAGACGCAUCACAAGUCGGCCGAAAUAUGUUCGACCACUUCGCCCUUUUUCAGUUCUGGAAAUUACUUGAUCCCUCAAGAGGCCUCGCAAUGGGUACUCCACAUUGGACCUCUCCUGCCUACUACAAAGGCAUGCCCUGCGACUGGGCAGUGAAAGAAGCCGUACCCACAGACCUCCUCUCGACUGCUUUACGCGCUGACUCCGUCUCCGAUGUCGACGCUGCGGCCCUCUUGCACCCCACACGCUGCCAUCUCGAGACCCAGAUCAUCUACGCUCCUGCUGGCGCUGAUCAUGUUGGAUUAAGCCUACCGAUGGAUGGCACUCACGUCGCAAGCUCCGUGAUGCUCCUCCUACCUACUUCACGCGGGACGAUCUCUCUCGCCUCCACCUCCGCUAUCGACCCGCCUGUCAUCAACCCAAACUAUUACGCCACGUCUACUGAUCACGCGGCGCUCAUAUACGGCGCCCGACGAGUCAUGAAGGCAAUGCUGGACACAGCAGGGGGCAAAGAGUUCAUCGCGUGCGAAGUGACGCCACCAGGGAUGCCAGAAUUAAAUUUGCAGUCCGGGGAUAAGGAAAUCGACGAACGUAUCAGGGCUGCUGGCGUGUCGCAUGCUCAUGCCUCGGGUACAGCGGCGAUGGGAAAGGUCGUGGGACCUGAUCUAAAAGUCUAUGGAGUUGAGGGAUUGCGGGUUGCGGACGCGAGCGUGUUUCCAGUAGCAAUUGGCGGGCAUCCACAGGCGACGUUAUAUGCAGUAGCGGAACAGGCAGCAGAGAUAAUCUUGAAGGGAUGA